AUGGUCACAAAAAUUGACGCUGGUGUCACUGCUCCGAAAGGAUUCAAAGCAGGUGGUCACACUGCAGGCUUUAAGCCUUCAGGCCUACCGGACUUGGCCAUUGUCUUGGCUGAAGACAACAAAGCCGUGACUGCUGCCGCUUUGUUUACCAAGAAUCUUCUCCGGGCAGCCCCAGUGGACAUUUCAGAGCAGAAUCUAAAGCAAAGCGACGGAAUGGUUGCUGCUGUUGUGCUGAAUUCCGGACAGGCUAACGCUGGCACGGGGACUGAUGGUUUCGCCGAUGGAAUCAAGACGACAGAGUUGGCCGCCGAAGCUAUUGGAUGCCAGCCCAGUGAUGUUUUCAUAUGCUCUACUGGAGUCAUUGGCAAGAGGUUUGAUAUCAACUUAAUGCGAGAGGCUCUUCCGAAAGUUGUAUCGCAAGCUUCUAGCACGGUUGAAUCCGGCACCGCCGCUGCGACUGCGAUUAUGACGACAGACUUGAAGCUGAAACAAAUUGCCUUCCAAGAUGAAGUAGCGGGUAGUACCGUGACAGCUGGCGGAAUGUGUAAGGGAUCUGGUAUGAUCCAUCCCGAUAUGGCUACAAUGUUAGGGGUGGUGACCUGCGACGCUGAUGUGGAAAAAGGACUUCUGCACAAAAUGCUAAAGCGGGCUGUUGACAGGUCUUUCAACGCAAUAACUGUUGAUGGGGAUACAUCGACAAAUGACGUUGUUUGCGCAAUGUGCAGUGGCGCUUCCAAGGUAGUUGUGCAAGUGGAGAAUUCGCCCGAGGCCAAGGCAGUGGAAAGUUUACUCACUGCGACAUGUAUUCACUUAGCGAAGAGCAUCGCGCGGGAUGGAGAAGGGGCGACUGUCUUAGUGGAGGUGCAGGUGUCGGGGGCCAACACGGAAGCGGAUGCGAGAGCCAUCGCGAAAUCCAUUGCCAGCUCGAGUCUCGUGAAGGCGGCCAUUUUUGGAAGGGAUCCCAACUGGGGUAGGAUUGCUGCGGCGGCAGGCAUGGCUGGAGCGAAGUUUGACAUCAACGAUCUUGAAAUCCGGUUAGGGGACUAUCUACUGAUGUCCAAGGGCAACCCGGUUCCGUUUGACGCAAAAGACGCCUCUUUAUACAUGAAGGGAAAGUCGGAAGCUGCCCCUGAAGACUACCUAACGGAACACGACACCGUCGCUAUAACUGUAAAGGUGGGCAACGGCGAAGGAUCGGGGGUUGCUUGGGGUUGUGAUUUAUCGUACAAGUAUGUUGAAAUUAACGCAGAGUAUACUACGUAA